UGGGGCUGGGGGAGGGGUCCCUUCCUCGCUUGGGUAGGGAUCUUGGUUUGAGUCUUAGUUUGCCUCCUGUUCAACCCAGGUUUGAACCCUGAGCUUCAGCAGAAUAACAGGAGAGUUGGAAGGGACCUUGAAGGUCUUCUAGUCCAACCCCCUGCUCAAGGCAGGAGACCCUCUAUCAUUUCUGUCCGGUCUCUUCAUCCAGUGAUGAAGCAAUCACAACUUCUUGUGGCAAGCAGUUCCACUGGUUAAUUGCCCUCACUGUUAUGAAGUUUCUCCUUAAUUCCAGGUUGCUUCUCUCCUUAGUUAAUUUUCCAUCCAUUGUUUCUUGUCCUCCCUUCCAGUGCUUUGGAAAAUAAGUUGACUCCCCUAUUCUGUGGGGCAACCCCUCAAAUACUGCAAUAUUACUAUCAUGUCCGUCUGUCCUCGUACACACACACACACACACACACACACACACACACACACACCGGUCCUUCUUUUUUUAAAAAAAACAACUAGACUAGACUUCCUCCAUUUCAAUGUUUUGUCUCGAAAAGAAAUUUGAUAUUUUCCUGAUUUAUGCAGGGACUUUCCAAAAAGCCAACUGAAAUAAAUGGAUUGAAACAAACAAACAAAAAAUUAUCGCUCCAUGCUGGGAUGAAAAAAAUGCUUACCAGUUCCUGGUGAGCCAGCUGGAAUACCAGCGUUAUACAGGCAAUCCUCGACUUACGACCACAACGGAGCCCCCAAUUUCUGUCAUUAAGCGAGACCUCAGUGAAGUGAGUUUUGCCUCAUUGGAUGAUGUUUCUUGCCACGGUCGUUAAGUGAAUUCUGCACGACUUAGGUAACGCUUGAGCUGGUCUUCCUCUUCCUCCUUUUCCUCCCCAAGGAGCUCAGAAAACUUCCACCAUCUCUGGAUGUUGUGAUGGAGAACUACGAGCUGGUGACUUCUCUCGGCUAUCCGGUUCUCAAACCCGAUCUCCUGUCUCGGAUCGAGCGGGUCGGAGAGCCGUGCGUGGGUGACCAGCUGGAUUCCACCCGCGGGAUUCCCACCGAUCCAUGUCCAGGUUACCGUUUCUUCAAACCUGAGAGCCUGUCUUGGAUUGAACGGUGGGAGGAACUUGGGGUCACCGACCGUCAGAAGUUGGAGGAAGGCAAACUCUGCGCAGGCGCCUGCCAAGCCGCUGGGCGGAGCAAAGCCAUCAAGGAAGAAGAGGGCGGACAGAAGGGCUUUGUGGCCAGCUUGGAACGCUACCAGCUCUUCCCCGAGAGUUCCCGGGCGGGUCUGUUCUUGGCCCCGAACCCCGGGCAGCUGAGACCCCAACCCCGAGUCAAGAAGGAGGAAGCGGCCUCCUGUGAGCCCAACCUGGGUGGCCCCGGACGUCCCUCCCAAGGCCUGGGUUCGGGCCCCUUCACUUGCGUGGUGUGCGGCAAGUGCUUCCGGCAGAAGCAGGGCCUGAUCACUCACGGGCGCAUCCACACCGGUGAGAAGCCCUAUCCAUGCCUGGAGUGCGGCAAGCGCUUCCGCCAACGCCCCAACCUGCUGACCCACCAGAGGGUUCACACCGGUGAGCGGCCGUUCCCCUGUCUACGCUGCGGCAAGCGCUUCAGCCAAAAGGCCAACCUGGCGGCCCACCAGCGCACCCACGCCGUGCAAGAGGGGCUGAUAGCGCCCGAGCCGAAAGUGCCGGUGCCGCGCGGCAGCCGUUCAACAGAGAAGCCCUUCCCUUGCAGCGUCUGCGGGAAAAGCUUCAGCCAGCGACCCAACCUCAUCACCCACCAGCGCAUCCACACCGGCGAGAAGCCCUUCCCCUGCACCGAGUGUGGGAAGCGCUUCAACCAGCGGGCCAAUCUCAUCACCCACCGACGUAUCCACUCGGGAGAACGUCCCUUCCCCUGCGCCACCUGCGGACGGCGUUUUAGCCAGAAGGGCAACCUGGCGGCCCACCAGCGCACGCACUCGCAGCAGCGGCCCCACGCCUGCUCCUGCUGCCCCAAACGCUUCAAGGGGGAGUCAGCUCUACGCGCUCACCAGCGUACCCAUCGGCAGGUGCUGGGUGCCGAUCCACUGACUAGCACCCUCCUGGCCACCCCUGCGCUACAGCAAGCCCUCCCGGGGGACCCCGCUUCGGCUGCGCAGCGAGCCACUCCUGGCCCCCGUACGGAUAUGCCCGGAGACCCUUCCCCCGGUGUCCACCGACCCGCCCCCUCCAGCCAGCAUGGGGCCCCUCAUGGGCAGAGUCUUCCUGCGGACCCAUCCCCUGGUCAACACACGGCCGGCCCCUCGGCGCACCUCCAAGGAGUGGCCCCCGGCUCAGAGCAGGGCCCGAAGCUGAGCGCUCCGCCCACCAUUCUGGAUCCCCACGUGGAGAUGCUCCAUUGCCAACGCCGGCUGGGCUUACCGUUGCUGCCCACCUCCAGCGCCCAUUCGGUCGUGCCUAUGGGGCAACCCCCGCCCAUCACCUCCAAGCCCAAAGGGUUGUCAGCUGCCCCCCGGCCCACCACCACUGUGGAAGCCCCGAGCGAGAUGCUUCACUGCCUCUGCCACACCGGCAGGGCCUCCUUGGUCAUUCCACACCCCCCGCAUCUGGGGCAGCUCCAGCCCGGCAACAGGGAUGCCCCCGGCCGUGCUUGGCUGGGCCUCCCCUGCCCAACACGCACCCUUCCGCUCCAGCAGGGUGGCCAGGCGCACCCAGCUGCCCCUAAUCCCAGACUUUGCUCGAUUCCUGAUUCUUUGCGGUAACUUGUCUGCACGGGGCGAGCACAGAUUGGCCGGGACUGGACUCCCCUCGGAUCUCCCCUGGCAGCGCCCUGUGGGGCGGACUGCAGGGUUUAUGCAUGUAUCCUAAACCGGGAAGCCGCCGUCUGCCCCCUCCUGCUCUAGGGACACCCAUGGACCCUCCUUGGAUCCACCUGGCCAAGACUCUUUCUGUCUCAAGAGGCAGUCCAUCCUUCCAGCAAGGGCACUCUUCCCCCCCAAAAAAGUGUCAUAUGGCAGGAGGACCAAAACCGUGCCCACCUUGUCUUACCGCUGAGCCCUCCCCCCCCCCCGAAUCUCCCUAGACGCCCCUCCACUCCCGAACAACAGAAGACCCAGAAUUUGGCAGCAGUCAAAACAAGAAGUGAAGAUGGAAGAGCACCCCCCCCGCCCCGGAAACGACUGAUGGCACCACCCCUCGAUGAAUCUUGGGGGGGGGGAAUUCCUCGUACCCAGAGAUGGCUCUCAGCGCACCCCAAGAUGGUGGGUCUGCUCUGUUAUCAUGGCUUUGCAAAGCCGCCUCGGAGACUCCGGAGACCCUGUUCCCUCUCUUGCGAAGAAAAGAUUUUUUCUCUUUACGAAAGGAAAAAUGGAAAUAACUCAUUCCAGUGAUGUACUCUUGUCAUCACGCCGGCACCGCUGCACAAACCAGACGGCUGAACUCUUGCCGGCAAGGGAGUGCCGGCUUUGUGCCAAACUGAACAGGCCGGUGGUCAUGCUCCCCGUGUGUCCGUCGGGGUGAUGCAGAACUUGGAUUUUUUGG